AUAAAAGAGGGUAAUUGUAUAUUACUUCUCAUUAAGCUGUAGUGCCACAAACAAGACAACAUGCAGAAAUUUGUGUUCUUCUUCUUACUCGCAACCGUUAGCUUCAGUGCUGCUGCUUAUACGCACAAAUACUCAUACAUCAAUCUGCACGAUGUUUUACAUAAUGUAAGAUUGUUGAAAAGAUAUAUAGACUGUUUGUUAGAUGUACCAUUCACUUGCUCCAAAGAUGGAGAUUAUUUACGAGAGGUUCUUCCCGGUGCCUUCGAGGAAAACUGCAAAGAAUGUGACGCAACUCAAAAAGAAAAUGCUAUGAAAGUGACAGCUUACCUCAUGAAACAUCAUCCAGACUGGUGGAAGUUGAUCGACCAGAAAUAUAACGCUGACAGAAGUGUAUUUGUGACGAGUAAUAUUGGAAAAAUCAAAUACUAUCAAAUACACGAAAUUUAAUGAGACAAUCAUUUAAAACCUAAUUUAUUUAUUUGUUAGAAAUAUUUAAUGUUAAUAAAGUAUCACAACCAGUUUAA